AUGUUCGAAAGGAAGAGACCCGAAGCCUUGAAGAGCCCCAUGUCAUCCCACACUGAGGCCAAUUUCGUCCAUAAUGACAUCAACAGCCAUGUCACACAUGUUCAGCCAUCUACUAAUGGAGCCAAUUAUGAUGUCCUCACUGGGUCCUACAUCGAAGCCGGUCAACGCAUGAAUGCCAGAAUCCCGUACCACCAGCCUACUUCGGCCAUGGAUGGCGUCCCUCACGAGCAAGAAGGCUUCACGCCCGUUAGAGCUGCUGCCCGUGUACGGCGACAAAGCUCUCUUGAUGACGAACCUUCUUCAAGAGCCAAGAUGUGGGAUCCAGUCAAGGAUUGUAGUGACCCAAACACUGGCGAAGCGGACCUCCCUGGUUUCUCUCCAGCUCCCGACAACAGCAGUGAACGACUCACGGACUCAACGAUCAGUGGCGUUGCUCCAAUGGGGCUCCACUUCUGCCAUGGUGAUCACUUGUAUGGUCAAGCCCAAGACAACCGACAGCAAUUUGCAACGAGAGGAGCUUCGAUGGGCCUACUCACUUAUCCUCAACCACAUGCCAUGGCCUCGGGAUCUCAAGGGAGUGCUUCGAUGGGCUCCCUGCCGUUCCAAGGUGGUCAUCCGUUUGACCAAUUCCAGGGCAGCCGUCAACACCAAUCUAGGUAUGAAGGUCUUACGAUCUUACCUCCCCAUCUCAGAGAAACAUCAGUGCAGAAUGGACAACAGUCCUUGGAGUCGAUAACCAGAGGAGCUGACUUGAUGGGCAUACAACCGCAUUUACCCGGUUGUCUGCAUGGUCAUUCCCAAGAGAACGGAAAAGAAUUUAAGGACAUGGAAUCCAGGAUGCCUAUUUCGAUGGCCUCUCACGAAUCAGGACGUCCUCCGCGUUCAUCUCCUUCAACAAGUUCCAACCCAUCAACGCAAAAGAGUUCAGACUCCCAACAAGCUAAUCGUCUGCAGCGUCAAGAUCCCUCGGUCAGUAUGUUCCAAGCAUGGAGUGUUGCACGCUACGCACAAUCAAUGGACCAACAGUCCAAUUACACAGAAGCCGUGCGUGCGUACGAGCAAGCCUGCGUUUUGUUGCAAGAAUUGAUCAUCAGAAGUUGGAGCUUCGAAGAACGAAUGGAGUGUAAUAAAGCUCGCAACAUCUACCAAGCGCGUCUUGACGUGCUAUCGCGAGUGUUAGCAGCGAAUCAAAAGCAUACGCUGCUGGAACAGGAUGACCAACAGGAGGAUGAUGGCCAGGGCGGAGGAAAGCCCCAGUACUCACUAUUCGAGGAUUGGGCGCUCUGCCACAAGGACGGAGAAGAUCUAAGUUGGCAGGAAGUUGCUGAAAAGCCUAUGUUUAAAGGCAAACGUAAGCAUCGAUCCUUAAGCCAACGCAAACACACCAUCGGCAAGAUGGGUCCGAGUUAUCACGAAGCAGAAAAGCCCUGGACUGAGGAGGAGAACCGGAAACUCUGCGCGUUGGGUGAUGCGGGAAAGACGCUUGGGGAUAUCCACCGAAAAUUCCCUUUCUCGCAACGCCGAGCGUUGUCUGAAUCAAUACUUCCAUUUGAAGGGUCACAAUAUCAUUGGCAGGAGUGA